UCCGAUGCAGUAAUGGCGGUAUGCGCCUCAAUUGUUGGUUAGGAAUCCGACAGAAAACGAAGAGAAGAAGAAGAAGAAAUUUGUGGCGGUUAAAUCUUUAGUGACGUUUGUGAAAUGAUUGGUCCUUUAACUAAUGUCAGCCAUGACUGAACUGAUAGAAAAUGGUGUUAUUCGAGGAGUCGUGGUACCGGUGGAGGACGUCACAGCAGCUGUUGAAUACGAAACGUCCCUGGUAGCGGCAUUUGAAGACAUAUUGGAAAUACCACAGGAUGUGGGACUGACAGAAUGUGCAUUCUCAGAGGAGACAGACACCAGAGAGAAGUCAGAGAAGGUCUACAGACAGCACAAUGGACAGGCUGACACCUCCAGCACGCAGUCAGUGUGGGCGGUGGGAGCUCAGUGUCGGGCAGUGUGGUCAGGGGAUGGGCAGGUGUAUCUGGCGACAGUGGUGGCGGUGGAUGGAGAGCGAUGCAGAGUUUGUUUCAGUGGCUAUGGCAACGAGGAGGACAUGGAACUGAGCACGCUCAUGAGUCCAAACACUCUUCUGCAGACUCAGAUCCCAGACUCUCUGGACUGGAAACCUGGUUCUCGUUGUCGGGCUGUGUAUUCAGAGGAUGGUCUGGUUUAUCCAGCCGUGAUUCUGUGGGUCCACGGUCAGCGCUGCCGUGUUCGCUUUGAUGGUUACAACAAUGAGGAGGAACUGGACGUCAGCAGCCUGCUGACCCACAACGAGCUCCACGGACCCAUCAAAGCCAUUCGAAAGCAGGCUAAAGAGAGGUCCAGCAGUCAGAGCAAAGUUGAGAGAGAUGGAGAUGACAAGACGAGAGGAGGAGACCAGCAGAGAAAUGAAUCAGAGAAAGCUGCCAAUCGUAGCCUCCCUCUGUUCCCUCAAUUUCCUCCUCUGUCGGGCUUAGGGGGCCCUCCUUCCUUCUUCCCUCCUCCUCCGUGGUCGAUUGGCGAGAAAGAGUCCGGCAGUUCUCCAGCCAUCGACGGCACCUUGGACAGCAUGUUGAUGCUCUGGUACAUGUGUGGUUACUACACUGGCAGCUACAUGGCUGAGCAGCAGUUCAGGUCAGCAUCCAAAGACUGAGUUCUUUUGCCUUCUGCUGUAGAGCCAAGACAGAAUUAUGGGAUGAGACGCAGCUGGGACAGUUGUCUUGCAUUCACUGUGUACUUCCCCAUUUCUUUUCUCUAUUUUAAAAAGAUUUGUAUUUGUUGUCAUGGAAAUGCUCCUGUACAUCGAUGGAUUCAGUGCGUCGAAACAGUGCAGAAUACCUUUGUGUUCAGAGAGUUAGAGAGAUGUUGUGUCUCUGUGCUGUUUUUGGUUUGAUUCUGUGUAGAGCUGAAGUGAAAACUCAGCUGUUGGAAAACUGUUGCAACAAAGCGUGUUUUGUUAUUAAAAAGGUGGACGGCUUCUGUCCCUGCUCUUUGUUA